CGAGGCUCCAGCCCGGCUGGGCUCCGACGCGAGGGGCUGCAUGGAGCGGCCGGCACGACUAUGCGGUCUGUGGGCGCUGCUGCUCUGCGCCAGCGGCCGCGGGAGCUCCGCGCCCACGGAAACUCAGCUACCUGUGACAAAUUUGAGUGUCUCUGUUGAAAACCUCUGUACAGUAGUAUGGACAUGGAAUCCUCCUGAGGGAGCCAGCCCAAAUUGUACUCUGUGGUAUUUUAGUCAUUUUGGUGACAAACAAGAUAAGAAAAUUGCUCCAGAAACUCAUCGUUCAGAAGAAGUACCCCUGAAUGAAAGGAUCUGUCUGCAAGUGGGGUCCCAGUGUAGCACCAAUGAAAGUGAGAAUCCUAGCAUUUGGGUGGAAAAGUGCAUCUCGCCGCCUGAAGGCGAUCCUGAGUCCGCUGUGACUGAGUUCCAAUGCAUUUGGCACAACCUGAGCUACAUGAAAUGUUCUUGGCUCCCGGGGAAGAAUGCAAGUCCUGACACUAACUAUACUCUCUACUACUGGCACAACAGCCUGGGAAAAAUUCUUCAAUGUGAAAACAUCUAUAGAGAAGGUCAACACAUUGGUUGUUCCUUUGAUCUGACUAUAGCGAAGGAUUACCUUUUUGAACACAAUGUCCAAAUAAUGGUCAAAGAUAUUGCAGGAAAAAUUAGACCAUUCUUCAAUAUAGUGCCUUUAACUUCCCAUGUGAAACCUGGUCCUCCACAUAUUAAAAAUCUCUUCUUUCAAAAUGGUAACUUAUAUGUACAAUGGGAGAAUCCACAGAAUUUUUUUAGCAGAUGUUUAUAUUAUGAAGUAGAAUUCAAUAACAGCCAAACUGAGACACCUGUUAUUUUCUAUGUUGAAGAGGCCAAAUGUGAGAAUUUAGAAUUUGAGAGAAAUGCAGAGGAUACAAUUUGUUUCAUGAUCCCUGGUGUUCUCCCCGAUACUUUGAACACUGUCAGAAUAAGAGUCAAAACAAACAGAUUUUGCUAUGAGGAUGACAAACUCUGGAGUAAUUGGAGUCAAGCAAAGAGUAUAGGUAAGAUGCCCAAUUCUACAUUCUACGUAACCAUGUUACUCAUCAUUCCAGUCGUUCUUGCAGGUGCAAUCAUAGUCCUUCUGUUUUACCUAAAAAGGCUCAAGAUCAUUAUAUUCCCUCCAAUUCCUGAUCCAGGCAAGAUUUUUAAAGAAAUGUUUGGAGACCAGAAUGAUGAUACCCUGCACUGGAAGAAGUAUGACAUCUAUGAAAAGCAAACCAAAGAAGAAACUGACUCUGUAGUGCUGAUAGAAAAUCUGAAGAAAGCCUCUCAGUGAUGGGGAUAAUUUAUUUUCACCUUCAGUGUGAUCUUGUGAAGAUUCAUCCCAUUCUUCAUUUGUUAUCUGGCAACUUGUUAAAUGGAAACCGAAACUCUUAGACCAUUUCAAAGCAGGCUGCUCAUAAGAGCCCCGGGUCUUUAUGUUGAGUCAUGCACCAAAAAACUAAAAAUGUUGGGCUAUUUGGAGAAGAGAGUGGAGUCAUUCUCAUUGAAUUAUAAAAGCAGACAUCCUUUGCGAAGGCUUCAAACUAGGGGACAAAGAAAAAGUGAUGAUGGCAGUAAAGUUAACCUUAUCAAGACUUUCUGAGGGAUCUGUUUGCUUUGUAUUCUUUGGGUCAAACAACACCAACAAGUUUUAUUUGUGGGGGAACUCAUUUUGGGUGCAAAUCCUAAUGCCAAACUUGAGUCAGAGAGAACAUCUAACAAAAUGGGUAAAAUCUGGUAUCUGUUGUUUGGUAUCCCACUGAGCAAAGUUUGUGGCUAUUAAAACUCUUAACAGUCUGGAAUCGUCAUCCCCUUCUACAGCAUUUUUCUCUGCUUUGAAAGCCCCGGAAAUCAGUGUUGGCCAUGAUGAUGACAACUACAGAAAAAGCAGAGGGAGCUUCUUUACCAAGACCUUUCAAAGCCAUUGCAGACUUUGAAGCUCAGUAGAGGCAGAAUGACUAACUCAUUGGGUAUUAGAGUUUGAACCAUGAAGCCUCUAAUAAUGUGUUGUUUUUUCUUCACCUCUGCUACUCAAAUCAAGUAUUUACUAUAUGUGUCUGGCUUCCACUAGACCCUUAAGAUCCCCCUCAAAGGGUUUACAAUCUAGUUGGGACUCCUCAGUUCUUAACAUUUGAUUUAUCUCCACUGGUCAUUUUUCAGACCUUCCAACUUUCCAGCUUCCUCACAAUUUCCCCUUUUGCAUUCUCCCUCAUUCCUUACCUUGUAGCCUUUUGCCUUUCAUUGGAAAUUAGGAUAUAAAUCUGCUCAGAACACCUAGAGGAGCAGGGGGUAAUUUGCAUCUCAGGUAAAGUGUGAGUAGACUGAGAAACAAUGACUAAAUUCUAGCAUAUUUUGUAACUUUCCUUUGAGUCUGCAAUUGUUUGAGUGUUUUUAGCAUUUGAUGUUUCUCUAUACAUUUUCUAAACAGAGAUGAGUUAUCAUCUUCACCUAGAACGUUGUUACUUGCUUGAGAAAAAGAGUAGUUGUAUCUUUUUCUCUUUCUUUACAAAGGCCCUAGGAUUCCUCUUUUCACUGCCACAAAUGCUUAAUUAAGUAGGUUUUGUGUCUUAUAUUGAUAACCAGCCAUCCAAGGCUCUAAUGUUUAUAUUAUUAUUAUUUUUUGUGCAUAUGUUAGGGUUCCAUCCUCACCCAUCCCCAUAGCAUAUCCAUAUAUAUUCCCUCUACUGCCUCUACUGCUCCUACCUCCUCCAAACUUAAAGUAUGGGAAAUGAGAGGAACCCUUCCCUAUCUCUGCUCAUACACAGAGACUCAGAUUACAGGUAGGAACCUGAGAACUUCAUAUCACAAGUUCUCCAAACAUUUACCAAUUUAUAUUAAUAAGAUCAUGCUACUUGCAAUUCUUGCUCCUAGGGGAGGAGAGAUAAUAGACCCCUACUCUCCACGGGUUCGAAUAAAAAUGGCAACCUGUUUCCCUGGCAGUGGAGGAGCACUGUGCCCUGGCUUCUCUGGGGAAGCUGGUGUUCAUGGCAGUGGUACAUGUAAAGGUGUUUCCUCCCUGGCUUUUAUUUUUCUGAGAUCAGAUUGAGGCUGGGAAACAGGCAUAGUGGAUGUCUUACUUUGUUCUCCUGUUCUCUAGAAAGGAUAUGGUUUUCCUGUGGAGGAAUGAGAUUACUUCCUCGCCAGGUCUUUUAUCGUUCUGGGAAGCAAAACACUGAAUUGCCUCACCCAAAGUCAUUUUUACUGUUAUCUUAUUUAGGCGUCGAUGAAGAGGAUGCUUUGAAAUUUCCGAGGAACUGAUGACAUUUACAGUUAUGCAGUGUGGGAAUGGGAAAAUUGUAUUUUGUUUCCAUCCUCUUCUAGCAGUACAGUAGCUAAGGGAAAAGGGGGCAGUAAAUUAUGGGAGUACCUAUGAUUAUUUAACAAUUUCUAAAAAGUGAUCUCCAGGGCUUAGGAGCUCUUGGAUUCUUCAGUAUAUCAGUAGGAUUCCCAUUACCUGUAGGAAACUGCUAGGCUCCUUUACUAUUUUAUGUCUAACCUAUACGGAUUUUUUCCCCACACACCCAAGUAAACCCACUGUAAGCAUGGUCAUUCUUAUUCUUUCAUUGAGAUAAGUUUUUUCCUCAUUUGGGUACUGAAGGGAUACAUGAAACAACGUUAACAUUUUUGGUAACGUCUUCAAUUAAGCAUUGUUUUUGUUUAACUUCUUAUAUGAAAGCUUGAGUAAAAUAAAUAUUAAUUGUCUUUUUGUAUGCCACCCA